UUUAAAUUGAUAUUCUCUAGCAAAGAACUUUCGUUUUUCUCUUAUACUAUCAACUAUCAUAUCAUAUAGUAGAACCCUAAAAACAAUUAAACGAAAAUAAAAACAAACAAAUAAUGGGAGAAGAAGGAGAAAAUGAAGAAAACAAGAAGAAAUCAUCAUCAUCAACGUCCGCCCCAUUAACACAAGCUCAGUUCCUCUCUUGGAAAUCUCUAAAGGAUGCUGAAACAUCAGCCAAGAAAACCGAGGCAUCAAGGAAACGUGAAGAAGACAUUUCUGCAGGAUUGGUGCAAAUGAACGGCCGGGAACUUUUCAAGCAUGAACCUUGGGUUUUCGAUAACAACUUGUAUUAAGUAUGGUACUACAGUGGCUCUGCUUUCACUACUAGAUUUGAUACAAUCAUACAAAUAUGUAAUAUAUUACUAAAUGUCGAUGUAAUUUCCUAUUUUAUCUAUUAAGACCUCCAGUUCGUUGGUUGAA